AUGAAUAUUCAUUGGUGUACUAUUGGUGAUUUUAAUGUCAUUACUACACCAGAUGAGAAAGAAGGUGUCAUCCCCUACAAUAUGAAUAGAAGUUUUGAAUUCAUUGCAACUAUUGAAGCUUGUGGAUUAAUGGACCUUGAGUACACGGGUCAGAGGUAUAUGUGGUGCAAUCAAAGGAAUGAAGAGGCUAGAGUGUGGAAAAGGCUUGUCAAUGACAACUGGUUACAAGGAAUCCCUCAAACUACUAUUACCCAUCUCCCUUCAGUGGGGUCUGAUCAUUGUCCCUUAUUGAUGGAGAUUGAAGAUAAAGUGAAGCAACCUAUCAAAUAUUUCAAGUUCUUGCACUGCUGGACUGAACAUGAGGAGUUGAAUAAUGUGGUUAAAGCUUGCCGGGACAGGGAAGUGGAAGGUAAUCCUAUGUGGAGAUUACAACAGAAAAUGAAGAGGUUGACUGCUACCCCUAGUAAUUGGUCUAGAAGAACAUUUGGAUACAUUUUCAGCAUUGUUCGAGAUCAUGAGGAGAGAGUUAGAGUGGCUGAGGAAGCAUUGAUUGUUAACAAUUCUGCUGAAAAUAGACCAAACUUACACAGGAUUAAUGUCAGGUACAUCAAAUACUUGAAGUUGGAAGAUUCUAUCCUCAAACAGAAGACUCAAUUGCAGUGGUUUAAAGAUGGUGACACCAACUCCAAGUACUUUCAUGCCAUUAUGAGAGGUCGAAGAAGGAAACUUUUCAUCCACAGAGUCUGUAUAGGAAAUGAAGAAUGGGUAGAGGGUGAUGAGAACAUAGCCAAUGCAGCCUGUGAUCACUUUAAGAACAUAUUUACUGGAACUGAGCAACCCAUCAAUGAGGAUAUAUUACAACAUAUCCCAAGAAUGGUCACUCUUGAGCAAAAUAUGUCCAAGCAAUGCCUACUAAUGAAGAAUUGCAGCAGACUUGCUCCUAUGCUGCCUAACCUUAUCUCCAACAACCAGUCUGGCUUUAUUAGAAGUAGGUGUAUUUCAGAGAGUGUCAUGCUGGCACAGGAGAUUAUUCGUGGUAUUAAAAUACCUAAGGAAGGGGAUAAUGUGGUAAUUAAGUUGGACAUGGCAAAGGCAUAUGACAGAGUGUCAUGGGCCUUUACUAGUCUGGAAAUCAUUGGCUUCACUCAAAGAGAAAGCCCUAUAAAUUACCUUGUCUGCCCCCUUUACAUAGGAAGACAGAGGAUUAUUUAUUAUUCAGAUUUGGUGGCAAAGGUUGUCAAAAAGAUCAGUGACUGGCACUCUCGAAUCCUAUGUUUUGGUGGGAAAGCUACAUUGAUUAAACAUGUACUUCAAUCAAUUCCUAUUCAUACUAUGGCUACCAUUUCCCCUCCUAGAACUACCUUGCAAUAUAUCAAAAGAGUGACAGCAGACUUCUUUUGGGGAAUGGACAGAGACAAGAAAAAAUAUCAUUGGGCAUCUUGGGAAUCUCUUAGUUUCCCCUAUGAGGAAGGUGGCAUUGGUGUGAGGCAUCUUAACGACGUUUGUACUUCUCUCCAAAUUAAGCAGUGGUGGAACUUCAUGACCAAACACUCUCUAUGGGGGUCAAUUUCUAAAAGCCAAGUAUUGCCAGAGGUUUAA